AUGCGUUCCAGAAGCAGCAAGACUGAGGGCUCAGCCCCAAAGCAUUUCCCAAGACAUAGCAAAUUACCCACUCUCCAGGACAUGAAGCACAGAGAACAAGAAAAAGACCCCUCUAGAGAGACAGAUAGGGUCCUUCCACACCCUACGCCAGAGAAGUCACACACUGGCAAAGGCCACCAAGCAGAAGACCUCUCAAGAGAUGACCUACUAUUUCUACUCAGCAUUCUGGAGGGAGAACUGCAGGCUCGAGAUGAAGUCAUAAGCAUUUUAAGGGCUGAAAAAAUGGACUUGGCUUUGCUGGAAGCUCAGUAUGGGUUUGUCACUCCAAAGAAGGUGUUGGAGGCUCUCCAGAGAGAUGCCUUUCAAGCAAAAUCUGCCCCCUGGCAGGAGGACAUCUAUGAGAAACCAAUGAAUGAGUUGGAUAAAGUCAUAGAAAAGCAUAAAGACUCUCACAGACGAAUCCUGGAACAACUUUUAAUGGUAGAGAAGUCUCACAGGCAAACCAUAAUGGAGAUGGAGGAAGAGAAGAAAAAACAUAAAGAAUAUAUGGAGAGGAGUGAUGAAUUCAUAAACUUGCUGGAACAGGAGUGUGAAAGAUCAAAGGAGUAUGCAAGCAGAGAAUUCCAACAAGGAUCCCUAAGUCCAAAUCUACAGGCAUCAGUAGACUUUCCUGCAAAAUAG